GGAAAAAAAAAGCCCAAAAUGAUAUGACCGUUACAUAAUUCAUUACUCUCCUCAAAAUUUAAAACCAGCAAGCAGAAGCAAAAAAAAACAAUACACACAAACAAUCAAAAGGGGAUAUAGCCAUGUCCGGCGCUGAAGAGCAAAUGCAGCAGCUCAGAUCAAAAGCCACUGAGCUUCUCCUCAGAGAAGAAUGGCGAGAUUCCAUUCAACUUUACUCAGAGUUGAUCGACCUUUGCCAAUCCCAAAUUUCAAACACCCAUCAACAUUCUGACCCUGAUCAUCUCUCCAAGCUCCACAAAUCCCUCUGUGUUGCCUUCUCCAACCGAGCUGAGGCAAGGUCAAAGCUCCAACAUUUCACCCAAGCUCUUAAUGACUGCGACCAAGCACUUCAAAUUGAAGCUACCCAUUUCAAGACAUUGAUUUGCAAAGGUAAGAUCUUGCUUUGUUUGAACAGAUAUUUCAAUGCUUUGGACUGCUUCAAAGCCGCCCUCUUUGAUCCUCAGGGUAAUGGGAAUCUCGAUAUUGUUAAUGGGUAUUUAGAGAAAUGUAAAAAGCUUGAGUUUCAAUCUAGGACCGGAAGUUUCGAUCUUUCUGAUUGGGUCCUUAAUGGGUUCCGAGGAAAACCUCUAGAACUUGCUGAAUAUAUCGGUCCAGUGAAGGUUAACAGGUCUGAGAUUAGUGGGCGUGGCUUGUUUGCAACAAAGAAUAUUGAUACUGGGACUUUGGUUUUAGUCACUAAGGCAAUUGCAAUUGAAAGGGGUAUACUGGGUGGUCAAGAUUCAGCUGAAAAUGCACAGCUUGUUAUGUGGAAGAAUUUUAUAGAUAAAGUGAAGGAAGCUGUCACUAGAUGCCAAAGAACACAGCUUCUGAUUGAUAUGCUAUCCACAGGUGAAAAUGAAGCGGGGCUUGAAGUUCCUGAUAUGAGUAUCUUCAGACCUGAGAUUGAAGAAAAUGGAUGUUCAAAUGAUCAGAAGCUUGAUAUGGAUAAGAUAUUAAGCAUAUUGGAUGUCAAUUCUCUUGUGGAAGAGGCAGUUUCAGCUAAAGUGCUGGGGAAAAACAGUGAUUUUUACGGUGUUGGGUUAUGGAUACUAGUUUCCUUCAUCAAUCAUUCAUGCAAUCCAAAUGCAAGACGUUUGCAUGUAGGGGACUAUGUUAUUGUUCAUGCUUCUAGGGAUGUCAAGGCUGGUGAAGAGAUCACUUUCAUGUAUUUUGAUGCACUUUCUCCAUUGGAAAAGCGUGUGGAAAUGUCUUUGUCAUGGGGAUUUAACUGCAGAUGUAGCCGAUGCAAGUUCGAGGAAGCUGUUUGUUCCAAGCAAGAGUUGAGGGAGAUUGAGAUAGGCCUUGAGAAAGGGGUAGAUGUAGGGGGUGCAGUUUAUAGGUUGGAGGAAGGUAUGAAGAGAUGGGCAGUGAGGGGAAAAGGGAAGGGCUACUUAAGGGCCUCAUUUUGGGCUGCGUAUGCUGAGGUAUAUGGUUCAGACAGGUCAAUGAAACGGUGGGGCAGGCGGAUUCCAGCAAUGGAGACUGUUGUGGAUAGUGUGGUAGAAGUCAUGGGAAGUGAUGAGAGACUGUUGAAGGUUGUUGUAGAAGGACUGAAGAAGAGUGGUGGUGUUGUGGAAUUUGAGAGAGCAAUGAAGUUGGGAAGAGGGUUUUAUGGCAAAGUAAUCAAAAAACAAGCAUUGAGGACCCUUCUUGAGAUUGGCAUUAAUGAUAAAGGCUAUUAGCUAAAUAGCCAUAGGAAAAACAAUCCUAUUGAUUUUUUUAUUUUUAUUUAUUGCGUGCUUAUUGCCUUGCUACCUUUGAUGUUACAAUGAUUGGCACCCUCAAGGUUGAUGUAACUGACAAAUCUUGUUGCAAUAAACUAGACCGUUUAUCUGGUCAGGAUUAGCAAA